UUCAACACACAGAAUGUCAGUGACUGCUUACUGUGUAUUUUGCUAUAGACAAAUAGGAACUAUAGGAACUCCUGGUCCAGCCACAAAAACACAUCUACCCUGGAAUGAUAUCAGAAAAAUUGCAAAGGUAACUGGAUCACUGAUACUUGGAGGCUUUGUAUUCAUUACGUAUGAAGUCCUGUCCUUAAAGAAGUUACUGCGAAUUGAUACUCAAGCUCUACAUCAGGAAAAACUUAAGUCCUAUAUAUAUGUACAUACAGCUUCUCUAAAUCAAAGUGAAUAUCAAGGAAUCACGUACAAAGCCAGAAAAGAAAUCCAUAAAGCAGUGAGGAAAAUUCUAGAAACAGAAGCUAAAUUUUUCCGGAGACCUUUUAAAGAACAAUUUAGUACAUUUGAUGGAGAAGAUCAUGAAUGUGCCUUAUGGCUUCUCUUAAAGAGAACUCAGUCAGAAGACAAAGAGGUCCGACUUCAGGCUGUACAAGACCUGGCAAACAACAGUCACUGGCAUGGUUAUCAGUAUGGUACAGUUGCCCAAACCUGUGAUCAAAGGACUACUAUAGGGUUGGCUCGAUCCAAAGAUAUCAACCUUCGUUUUUUCCUGCCUCCGCCACCAUUGCCAGAAAUAAAGAAUGAUUAUACCAUAGAAGAUGAACUUCGCCUGUUGUUAGUAUCUUUACCUCAGACUGAUCUUGAUCCAUGUGUCCAGCACUUCACAUCUCUUGCUUUACGUGAAAGUAGCCAGAUUCUCGCUGCACAAAGGGGAGGUUUAUGGUGUUUUGGAGGCAAUGGCCUUCCAUAUUGUGAGACACUGAGUAAGAUCCCUUCAGAGACAGUGGAACUCUUCUGCUUGCAAGCUUUAGUACAGCAUUCUAAGGUUUCUUCUCACUGUGAUAAAAUUGAAGCUAAAGGAGGCCUUCAGUUACUACAGAGGAUAUACCAGCUGCGUAAAGAUUCAGCAAAAAUACAAAGGAACAUAAUUCGCAUUAUUGGAAAUAUGGCUUUAGAUGAACGUCUUCAUGCUUCCAUAGUACGUGCAGGUUGGAUUUCUGUACUUGCUGAAGUAAUGAAAUCCCCACAUGUCAUUCAGUCUUCUCAUGCAGCCAGAGCUUUGGCUAAUCUAGACAGAGAUGCAGUGAAAGAAAAGUAUCUAGAUGGUGUUUAUGUUUUACAUCCACAAUAUCGCAGCAGUCAGCCCAUCAGAGCAGACAUCCUUUUUGUUCAUGGUCUUUUGGGAGCAGCAUUUAAAACCUGGCGACAGCAAGAUAUUGACCGGCGUUUGGAUAAAAAAGCUUCUGAAGGACAAGAGGAGUAUAGUCAGUGCUGGCCAAAGACAUGGCUGGCUUCAGACUGUCCUGCCCUUAGAGUCAUUUCUGUGGAAUAUGACACUGAUUUGAGUGACUGGAAAGCAAAAUGUCCUGUUGAAGCUCACAGGAAGUCUAUUGCUUACAGGAGCAAUGAGCUUCUUGACAAGCUCAGAGCUGCUGGAAUUGGAGACAGACCUCUGGUGUGGGUAUCACAUAGCAUGGGUGGUCUUCUAGUCAAAAAGAUGCUGGUGGAUGCUUCCAAGAAUCCAGAAAUGGAGAAAAUUGUAAAAAACACCAGAGGAAUCAUAUUUUAUAGUGUACCUCACCAUGGUUCCCAGCUGGCUGAAUAUUCUAUGAAUGCCAGAUAUCUUCUCUUUCCGUCUGCAGAGGUUAAAGAACUCAGCAAGGAUUCUCCUGCCCUUAAAGAGCUGAAUGAUGACUUCCUGUCUCUUGCCAAAGAUAAGAAAUUUUCAGUGCUGAGUUUUGCAGAAACCUUACCAACACACAUAAGUAGUAUGAUAAAACUGCACAUUGUGCCUCUGGAAUCAGCAAAGUUAGGAAUUGGAGACCUUAUUCCAGUGGAUGUUAAUCAUCUAAAUAUUUGUAAGCCAAAGAAGAAGGAUGCUUUCCUGUACCAACAUACACUGAAGUUCAUUCAAGAUGUUUUAGCCCAAGAACUUGGAGAUUGAUGUUUUGCCAUCCUUGGCUGCUUAUUUUAUUCCUCUAUUUGGCGUAACACAGUAAGUUCUUCUCCUGACAUUUGUUAGGGGAUCUGCAGAACUACAAAGAUGCUAUGUCAAUAGUAUCUGCAGCUAAAAUAAUUUCAGCACAUCUCCAACUUAGAUACUUCUCCAACUUAUUUCUAAAAUAUAUUCAAAACAAAUACAAACUGAAGUCCUGUAAACCUGGCAAAAAGAGAAUGUGUGUUGGCUUAGAGUGACCAUGAUCUGUCAACAAAAUGUGUGUAAAUUCUCCAGCACUUAGUCUACAGGUAUCCCUCUGGAGCAACACAGCUUGACUAUGGAGAGUGCCCAGGUUAUCUUCUUUAUCAAGAACAAAAAAGGAGCUUUCUGGAGAUGGGUGGUCUCAUUAAGGUAACUCUACAUCUGGGACUAAAAUCUUACAGAGAGGAUCAGAAACAGGUGAUAAUUUGUUGUAUCAAAGGGGUGAAGCAGCAUGUGGCUGCCUCAAAGCUUUGGUUUACAGGCCAUGUUAAGAGCCUGCAGAAGUGCAUCCAAGUCAAGGAAAGUAGCGUUUUGGUCUAGUGGCCAAAUUACAGGAGGUUUUGUAAUUUGCCUUUUCAUUUAAUAGACCACUCGGAUUUGUCAGCAAAUAUGGCUUCUGUUUUCUGUUAGAGAUAGGUUGGUUGCAUAGGCAACUACAGUUGUUUUAAUCUGUUUGUACUAAUGAACACAAAAGCAGUGUUCACCUUGUACAUUUCUCUCUUAACCUUAGCGACUUGUGAGAUUGCUUUCUUUAGGACAGUGUGUAUCUGAUCAGACAGCAUUUCUGUGCUUGUUCACAUGGAAGAUACAGAACAGAGGCUUAGUUCUUUUGCUUUACUCUUAGGACAUAUGGAGAAGAUGGUACGUUCAAAUCUCUGGCUCAUGGUACUCAUUUAGAAACUCCUUUUGCUGAUUUAAAGAAGAGCAUUGAAAAAUGCUCAAGUGGAAUAAGGCAAAUGUAGGCCUUGACAAGAAAGCUAAUGCUUAGAGUUUGGAGCUCAGGUAGAGAAAAGUAAUGCAGGAAUAAAUUCAGGUGAUCUUAAGUCCCACUGGAAAUGUGGAAGAUCCCAGAUAUUUUGGACUGUUGGGGCCCAAGUGUGUUAGCAGUGUAGAUACAGAGAAAAGACAGCAGUGUUGUCUUACUUGAGUUUAUAUUUAUAUUAAGGCUACCUUAGCAGUACUGAUUAAGUAUUUUUUAGCAAAAAGAAAAUAUGGCAGCACUCAGUCACUUUUAUAAAGUCUUAGUUUGCAAUGUAGUUAAAAGCAGCCUCAUGUACUUGUUGUCUCUUCCUUCCACCCAAUUCCCCAACCCUCUCUGAAAACAAACACAGGCUGUGAUGAGGCUACUCUGUCGUAGCUGACCACUGGUUAAAUAAGGCCUGUACUGAUGACAGGCUUAAGAUGUCUCUUAACAUCACUCAUGUGAAAUAGAUCUAAUGUCACUGGCCUUAAAAUAGCAGCUAUGAAAGCUACCAAAGGUGGAAUGGGCUUUGCAGUUCUGCACAGGCUUGGUGCAGGUGCCAGUGGCUGUUGCAGUCCUGCCAGGUCGUGAGGCCACCUCAGCUCUUCCUACUUCAAGGCACUCCGGCCCAGGGGGACACUAGAUCUGAAAAUGCACCUCUGGAAGUUGAGCUUUGACCUGCUGCAGUUGCAUAGUGAAAGUCACAAGAGCAGUACAGAGAAGUAGAGCACCAUGCUGGCAAGAAGAGCAUGUUUUCCCCCUAACCAAGGCGUAGGUAAGAACACUGCAUGGAGGUAUUUCAGAUA